AUGGAUCAUCUUGUUCAUGUGAUUGUAAGGACAAAUGCUGAGGACACAUCUUGUAGAGCACUUGUUCAUGUGAUUGUAAGGACCUAUGCUGGGGACACAUCUUGUACAGCACUUGUUCAUGUGAUUGUAAGGACAUAUGCUGAGGACACAUUUUGUAGAGCACUUUUUCAUGUGAUUGUAAGGACAUAUGCUGAGGACACAUCUUGUAGAGCACUUGUUCAUGUGAUUGUAAGGACAUAUGCUGGGGACACAUCUUGUAGAGCACUUGUUCAUGUGAUUGUGAGGACAUAUGCUGGGGACACAUCUUGUAGAGCACUUGUUCAUGUGAUUGUGAGGACAUAUACUGAGGACACAUUUUGUAGAGCACUUGUUCAUGUGAUUGUGAGGACAUAUACUGGGGACACAUCUUGUAGAGCACUUGUUCAUGUGAUUGUGACGACAUAUGCUGAGGACACAUCUUGUAGAGCACUUGUUCAUGUGAUUGUAAGGACAUAUACUGAGGACACAUCUUGUAGAGCACUUGUUCAUGUGAUUGUGAGGACAUAUACUGAGGACACAUCUUGUAGAGCACUUGUUCAUGUGAUUGUAAGGACAUAUACUGAGGACACAUCUUGUAGAGCACUUGUUCAUGUGAUUGUGAGGACAUAUGCUGAGGACACAUCUUGUAGAGCACUUGUUCAUGUGAUUGUAAGGACAUAUACUGAGGACACAUCUUGUAGAGCACUUGUUCAUGUGAUUGUAAGGACAUAUACUGAGGACACAUUUCCAUCCAAGUGUAGCGCAAAAAAAAAGUUUUUUUGA